UCCAAAAUGUGCAAUUCGAAUCAAGAGUAUUACCUGAAGCUAGAAGAGCUGAAGAAUGCCCACUUGGAGACCAUGGCAAAAUUAGAAAGUAUGUAUCGAAAUAAACUAUAUUUGAAAGGAGUACAACCCUUGGACAAGAAAAAUGCUGCUUCUAAUACGUGUUGUAGGCCAACUUGGGAGAAGAACUUGUAUCAGCCUCUAAAUUUGCACAAAUCCUUUUCAGACUCUGACUUAAGUGAUCCCUUAGGCUCAAGUAUAUCUGAUGGGUCUGACAGAGACUUAGCAUUUGAAGAAAAUGGUAGCGAAACUGCCUCAUCUGCAUUUGCUAAGCAACAGAUUGAAAAAAUGUGGGACGGGUUCUCUGUGGAAGACUACAUCUCCCACACCAAACGCAUCUUACCAAGCUCACCAGCCUUCAGGAGGAUAUGGAAGAAACAGAAAGCAUGGUCACCAAAAGUUACUGUGCCCAAGCCUUUCCAGAUGACUAUUAGAGAAGCUAGGAAAAAAGAACAGAAUGUCAAAUCAAAGUCACUGAUAGAAAUGGAAAAUAACUUAUUGAAGAAGCAACUAGAGGAAGAAGCAGAGUGUCAGAAAAAAUUCCGAGCCAAUCCAGUGCCUGCUGCUGUUUUCCUUCCACUAUACAGUGAAAUCGUGCAACAAAAUGAAGAACGCAGGAGGUCCGUGAAAGAGAGAAGCAAACUCAAGCUUUUGGCUUCUCAGAAACCAUUUAAAUUCAUUGAACGAGAGAAGCAAAGGAAGGAAAUGAGGAAAAUGCAAUUAAGAGACCUUUCUGCACCUGAAAAGAAAACAAAACUGUUCAAAGCAAAACCAGUUCCUAAAUGUGUUUAUAGUCCAGCUGUUGAUGACAAGCUAAAGGAGGAAGAGCUCUACAGAGAAACCAGGAUCAGAAUGAGAGCUGAAGAGUUGCUGCGGAAUUCAUCUCUGCCCAACAGCAGACUGGCUUUAAAAGAUACUAAUAAAAAGAAGAAGCACAAGUGCAUUGAACCAAAGGAAGCAGAACAUAAACCCAAGAUUAAAUCAAGCAUUCCAGAUUUUGAACUACUACACCAGAAAUUUCAGAAACGACUGCUGCAACAAAAACAAGAGAAACACCUCACAGUCUGUGAACCUUUUGAUCUUUGUACUCCAUAUAUCCCCUCAAACAAGGGAAAGAUUUUGAAGGACAUUCAAGAGGAUGAAGAAAAGUUGAAAGAAACACGCUGGCCAUAUGCCUCUCCAAGACGUAAGCCUCAAAUGAGACAUUCAAGUGCAAAUUCACAUCUCUCAGGAUUUGGAGAAUAUAAAUCACCAAAAAUUACAGAAUCCACAAGACGACGGCUACAAGCCAUAAGGAAUUCACUUGAGGAAAAGAGAAAGCUGGAAGAACAACAAAAAAGGAACAGAACAAAGCAGAAACAAAGAACAGAAAAACUCCAGAAAAUUGUAACAGCUCGGGCUGAGGCCAAUGACCCACAUCAGAGCCUAGCUCAAAUGUCUAAAUCCAAAUUAAAAACAUUCAGGAAUUAUGAGAAGCAGAGAAUGCAAGAAUAUUUGCAAGAGCUGCAAGAAAUAGAAGAAAGAGUAAAACAGAGGCCAUUGCUUUUUGAAAGAGUCACUCAGAAAAAUGCCAGAAUAGCUGCAGAAAAGCAUUUUUCUAACAGACUGCGAGAGCUGGGGAUAUGCCCAGAGUUUGUUUCAAAGAAAGGACAAACAACUAAAUUGCUACAGUGCUUCAGUGCUGAAGAUUUUAAUAACUCCACUGGUGCCAGAGAAAGAGUCAUCAAGGAUAAACUGAAAGAAAGGGUAUCCUUUGAGGAAGCAGCUGGCAGCAGUCCUCAGUCUGAUCAGUCCUGUGAAGAAGAGGAGGAAGAUAAAAUAAAAGGUGUCAAAGCCUCCAUGUGGGAUGGCCAGUUCAGCAAGCUAGAGGAUGAGGAAGAGACAAGAGCCAGCCCUCGUGCUCAUCAGCCUUGCCAUGCAGGGGAGGCUGGAUCCAGCCCCUGCUCUGACCAGCACCAUGAAGAGGAGGAGGAGGAAGAGCUAGCAAAGGCAGGUCCGUCGCUUGGCCAUUCCCAGGAGGAAGAGGAGGACAAUUAUCGGUCAAGACCCAGCUCUCGGUCUGACCAGUCCCAUGAGUGUGAAGAGGAGGGUCAGUCUGACCAUGAAGCUCAGGGUACCUUCGGAUAUGAGGAUGAGGAGUAUGAAAGUGAUGAUUCAGAAGAGAAACCCAGUGAUGAUGAAGGUGACUGA